AUGGGGAGCGGUCCGCGGUACUUCCCUUUCGCCUGCUGGGGCGGCGCCGACGGCGCGCUGCUCCUGUUUGCAAAGGGCAGUUUCUUCUUCUGCUGCUGCUGCUCCUGCUAUUGGUGCAACCUGGGCCAGGCGCGUGUCGGGCUCUCCUUGCCAGAGAAUGACUUCAGCCGGCGGCCCGGCGCGAUACCUAUUUUCCAGGAAAGCGGCCCGCCCUCCUCGCCAGAGGAUGACGGCUCAGCCCUUCGACAUCUAACAAAGACGGGAGACGAUAGCUGGCUCCCUAAUCAUCCUAGUGGAUUUUGCGCGCUCUUUGAUAGUGCUGCAGUCCACAUGGCGAGAUGGAAGACACCCUGA